AUGAUAUCGCAGCCAAAAAACAGAGUACAAGCCAUAAAGAGUAAAUUCGAGAACUUAGGAAACGAGAACAAACCGCUCUUGAUAAAACACACAACCACACAGUUGUGUAAACAGAAAAAUAGCGGAGUGAACAUUGAAGAAAAACACGAUCAAGCUAUUGUAAACCAUGAGAAGAACGUAGGAUUUGACUCAUCAAUCGGCGACCACGAACCUAGGCCAAAUACCAGCUAUUUAUAUAGCAGAGCUGAUCUGAAGGCCAUUAACAGUGACAAUAAAACCUGUUUAUCACGUCAAACCAGUGACCCAGGAAAAAAGUUGCACAGGAGUCAUGCUUUUAGAUGUGAUAGAAAUCAAAUAGCACCUAAAAGGCACGGUAGCUGCAACGGUAGGUCAGAAACAACAAACUUUACAAUGAUAUCAAAUCAGAAGUUGAGUAAAGAAAGACUUAAAAUAUUAGGUAAUUUUUUAGAGGAACAAAUGAAGAAGGAGAAUUUCACGCCACAAGGUUGCACGGAGGAUGUGGCGAACACUAAUUCAGUGCCAGAUAGCCAAGUGCCACAGUCCAUUUUAGACCAAUAUGCUAAAGUCAACAAAGUGAAGAAAAAAGAUGAAAAACAAGAUUCCACAACUGAUAGUGGAGUGAGCUCUGAGACUGAGAAUCUGGAUGAUGAGAAGGGACGUAUAAAGAAACUAAUGACACAAUUUGAGAAAAAAUCUGAAGUAACACCAAAUUUAGAAUCUAUGGAUCAAUUGUCAGCUUCCAGUGAGACCAUGAAGCUGGAGCGCAAGAAUCCGCAUCUAAAACUAACGGACACAUUGAAGAAGGCAUUAAAACAACCAUUACCAGCUGGUCCUCCACCGAAAAAACCACCAAGAGUCUUUGCUACCAUAACUGAAAACGUGGAAACACCUAAGAAAGACCCAAAAAAGAUGCUCGAAAAACUGGAACAGGUAUAUGAGCAACGAAAAGCUGAUCAGAGCAAAAAUAUCAAAACGACAACUCCAAAAAAACCCAGAGAAGUACACUAUCUGUGCACCGAAAUCCUAGACAUAGCACAGAGGACUCUACCACCGAUUCAUCCAUCAGAUCCUCUGUCCAGAUGCUUCAAGUCCUUAAAUUGUUCAUUCACAAACUCAACAUCAAGUCUUCCAUACACCCGCUUAAGCACACACAACGAAUUUGACCCUUGCAAUUGUAAUUCUAACAACGAAUUAUCAACGUUCCUGACUGAGAAAUGUUCGAAAUGUCAAUCAAAUGACAACACUGACAGCUUUAAAUGUCAUCUGAAAUGUGAAUGCUCAGAUAAAAAGUCUGAAUUCUUCGUUGAUAAGGAGCAUGUGUAUAACGAACCAUACAAUGGGGAUACAAGAACGGAAUGCGAGAGAAGGAGUCAUUAUGGGACUCUUAAUACUUUGAAGACCUCUAGCCGAAGCUUGGAAGAGCUACGACCGAUUAAGAAGGAAGAGGACGAGGUGAUUUACGACGUACCAGCCGAGGAAACUCGCCCGGAUUCGCCGGCGAGCACGAAAAGCGACUUCCUCAAGCUCCGGGAGAAUUUCGAGAAUCCUAGCCAGCCAAUGAGAGAGACGGAUGCGCUCAAACCGAUCUUGAAGCUGUCAAGGUCGACAGAGAACAUAGAGGAUAGCUUGAAGAAGAACAUGACCAGGAAGUUUUGGACGGAGACGAAAAGAACCAGGAAUCGAUGCGAGGUCCUGACGAGGGAGAGUCCGCCGAAGAGCUACAACCAGUUGCACGUGGACAAGGAGAAUCUGAAUCGUCUCAUGAACGAAAUAUACGAGACGGUGACAGCGGCCUGCAACAUGGACGAGAAUAGACCCGGGUGCUUCCCAACCGAGAACUCCGACGGCAGUACCAGCGAAGAAUCUGUCAAAAUAACCAGGAACCUAACAGAGAAACGCAAGAACUACGUCCGCAGGGUCUCCAGUCGGGUAGCGUAUCUCGAUAAGAAGCCGAUAACCCAGAAAUACCGUCACCAAACGUCAGUCUGCUCCUACAAACCGGACGCGCCCGAGAACCAGUACUCGACGUUUAGAUCCUGGAAGAGCUUCAGGGCGUCGCAGACGAACCUACCGAAACUAAGAAUGGAUUCGUUGGAUUCGAAAUGCAAUCUCACCGACUCCUGCGGGAAUCUGUUGACUGGAGACCUCGACGGGUUGAGUAUUGAUGAAAAGGCCGGGUGCUUGGAUAUAGAGCUGCCUUUCGAGCCAAGGGAGAAGGGACUGUUUAAUCUAUGCCUCCUGGUCGGCAUGAACUACAUGACCGGCCAGGCGUACGUGAAGAGCGUCUUCCCGAAGCAGGUGCAAGUGCCGCCGCAUAUCGAAAACCUGAUAUUCCCAGAAACAUUGAGCACUGAUUCGAAGAGCGAGUGGUCGGCCAACGCGACGGAUACUCAGUGCUACUCAUUAGUGCUCACCGACGAGAGAGGCGAGAGAUCUUACGGAUACUGCCGAAGAGUUCUACCCGAAGGUGGAACCAGCUGCCUCCCCCUGUGCUAUUGCCUGAUCGGGAAAUACAGAGCACCUGGGUUUUAUUAUAAGGUCCUCAAAGAAAUCGAAUCUCACCACGGCAGCUGCGAGACGAACAUCAACUUCGUGCUGCAGAAGCUGUUCGAGAUGGACUUCCCGGAGCCCGGCCAGGGCGUCCCGGUGCCGCACAGGCCCAGGACCGUGCCGGACUACAGACAGUGCAAAAGUGAACUCACAUGUGAAAGUGCUAACGGUGCAAGUGUGAACAGUGCAAGUGACAGUGCCAAGUUCAACGACUAUGAUGUGCCGGAGUACUCUGAUUUGCAGAACAACAACGGACCGAAGGAAGUCCUGCUGGACCUCUGCAGUCCGGGCUCUAAGGUUAUCAAGCGGCCGAUAGUGCCUCGGGUGGAUGAGGAUUGCCUCUCCAAGAUGCUGGACCUGCUCGGCUCCGGGCUGGCGAUCAAGGUGUUCGGCUCCCUGCUCCUGGAACGAAAGGUCAUCAUAGUCGGGGAUAAACUGAGCGACAUCUCAAGCUGUCUGGAGGCCCUGCAGCUGUCUCUGUACCCGAUGGUUUGGCAGCAGCCCCUGAUAUCGACGGUCCCAGGGGAGAUCCAGCACGAGGCCAUGGACGCCCCGCUGCCGAUGCUGGCCGGGAUGCUGAAGACCCAGGACUUGGAUACCAGCGGCGUUGGUUUCGAAGAGGGUAUGCUGAUAGACCUGACGCAUCCGUCCAAAUUGAGGUUCUACCAGGGCGACGAGUCCACGAUCCUGCCUACGUCGAGCUACAAGACCCUGAAAACUUCCUUACAGAUGGAAUCCACAAAAAACAAGGAUAAGCAGGAAGACACGAAAACCCGUAACGUGAUGAUCUCGGAGGCGUUCAUGAGGUUCUUCGUGGAGAUUCUGGACGGGUACUGGAGGCACCUCCGCGUCGGCGUCGUCGGCGAGGCGGACCUGGGCAACGACGGAGUCUUGUUCGACAAGGAGUCGUUCAUCAAAAGCGCCACCACGAAGCAGAACCACUACUUCCUGGAAUGGUUCACGGAGACGGCGAUGUUCAAUCACUUCAUCCGGAACAUGUGUACCCGACACGCCGCCGCCGCCGGAGCCCUACAGGACACCCCGCUGCCGGACUACUACGACCAGUUCCUCGACAGGGUCACCAGCCGGAGCCGGUUCGCGACACAGAAGAUCGAGGGGAAGAACUAUCGGGGAGCCGUCAAUAGGAAGGUCCGGCUGCUGAAGAACAAGCUCAAGGACUUGAUAGGAUGAUGCCGCGUCAGCUGUGACGUCAUACGUGGGUACAGACAAGCCGCGACACAUAUUCAAUACUAGAAGCGCUAAACAAAACUCUAUCAGUGGUUUUAGAUGCUUCUAUUGAAUACACAUCGGCUGAUGCUGUGUCAGCGGUGACGUCAUACGUGUGUAUAGACAAGCCGUGUCACAUAUUCAAUACUAGAAGCGCUAAACAAAACUAUCGGCCCUUUUAGAUUCUUCUAUUGAAUACACAUCGGCUGAUGCUGCGUCAGCUGUGACGUCAUAUGUGUGUACAGACAAGUCGCGUCACAUAUUCAAUACUAGAAGCUCUAUACAAAACUCUAUCAGCGGUUUUAGAUUCUUCUAUUGAAUACACAUCGGCUGAUGCUACGUCAGCUGUGACGUCAUAUGUGUGUACAAGCCGCGUCCCAUAUUCAACACUAGAAGCUCUAUACAAAACUAUCAGCCAUUUCAGAUUCUUCAAAUCAAUACACUUAUGCUCACUUGUGUAUCGAAUAAUAAAAUUAUCUUUUAAUUAAUGUCUAAUGUAAAUGAACAGAAUUUGUUUUUUUUUGCCGUAUACCGACAUUUUUAAAUUAGUGAAAUAAAAAUUCGGAUAUUGACUCCUUUGUAUAUAUUUUUUUAUUUGAAUUUUCAACUUGGAUUAGUCUCUGUAAACAUUGAUGAUGAUCGAUUUUUUAAUAAUAAGCGUCUGUAGUUCUUCGCUUACGAGGAAUAAGUAUUUGUAAUGUUUUAAAAUUGAGAGAGUUGUCUUUGCGAAAUGUGUCUCUCAAACGAUUUUUAUCUUAAAUGAAAA